UUUAGAACUUAAUAAUUUAAUUUUGCAAUUUUCAUUAAUUUUUUAACAAAAUUAUAAAUUGUUAAAAUUAAUAAAAGUCCACAUUGAAAUUUUUGUUUUCAGCAGUUUAAAAAUUAUGUUUUUUUACGUCAAAAGGUCAUUCUAUUACUCAAACUUAAGGUGGACAUUUAAAAAUUUUGUUAUAAAAAAUACAAAUGAUCAUAAAAACAUAUGAGUAUAAAGUCUUAUAUAAUAAACCACCAUAUUAAAAAGUAUACUGCAUAUGUAUGUUAAUAUCAUUUAAAUUUACUUGUAUAGCAUAGAAAAUAGGUAAAUAUGAAAAUAUCAUUUAAAUUUACCUAUAUACCAUAGAAAAUAGGUAAAUAUGAUUGUUUUGAUUGAUGUAUCAUAAAAAGAUUGUUAAUAAAAAAUGAAUUUUUUUUUAUUUUUGUGUUUGUGCCAAUUUUGAUUAUAUUUGAAAUAGUUAAUUGCUUCUCAAUUAUUCAAUAUAUGUUUAUCAUUUAUUAUUAUAAAUUCUAUGUUUGAAAUUUCGCUAGGCGCGAGUCAGGCGGUCGGGGUUGGCCUAGCGAAUUGUUAAGAAAUAAGAGAUUAAUGGACGAUUAAUCGGAGAAUAGUUAUAAGCAUUUUUUUAUUUUUCUGAUAAUUAAUAUAUAAUAUUUAACGAUUUACAAAUAAAUGAUCGGAAGUUAUUAUGGCACAGUGGUUUCUAGGUUUCUGCAAGCCCAACAGAUACUCGGUUUGAUUCCCUGGGUGCCAUAUUUUUUGUUUUUUAUUUGUUAUUCAAUAAUAGUAUAUUCGUAAUUUUAUCAUCUUUUCCCCCGAAAACCUCUUAAAGUUACACAGACAAUUUUCACAGCUGCCUUAUCCUUGUUUUCUCAGAUUUCAUCAAUUUCUUGCGUUUUUCUUGAUAGUUAUGUUUUGAACUUGGAAAUAUAUCACGUAAAAUGCGAUUCCAAACAAAAAAAACUUCAAAAAGUGAAUGAUUUUGAUUAAAUCCAAGUUAAUGGCCGAAUAGGGUCAAAAAGCAACGCUUGACUACCACCGAGGGUUUUUUGCCGCUUAAUCGGUCAGUGCGGCCGCGUUUUAGAACCUAUGUAAAAAUGCAAAAUAAGUAAUAGUGUACAUUGGGAUCAGGAUCUUCUAUCUCUGUAUGAAUGAUCUAUGACUCCCAUUCACUCGCCCGAGACCAACAAAUAAAAAUCAGCACCUUUACCCGGAUCUUACAGUGGAUUCUCUCAUCAACGCAACGCAAUAUUUUACAGGUCAUUCGGACUCUGGUGUAUCCUCAGGAUGUUAAAAUAAUUGAAAGUAUACCAUUAAGCCGAAUUCAGACAGCAUAUCGCGAUGGAUGGCAUUUUACACAUAUUGUGAGAUAUCAAUUAAAUAUGGAUAUCAAGUAGAACGAGUGUACCCGAACAGAGAAGAGAAAUAAUGCUACCAGAUUAUGGUCCUUCGGUCUCUCCUCCGAAGGCUUUCUGCUGGAAAGUUCGAUGUCCACCUAAGAUGAAACACUUCUUAUGGCAACUAGUAUCAGGAUGUACAGCGGUUAAGAAAAGUUUAAGACCAAGAGGAAUACAAGGGGAUACAAUUUGUGCACUAUGUGGAGCACCUGAAGAAUCUAUAAAUCAUGUAAUUUUUGAAUGUCCACCGGCGGUUCAGGUUUGGGCACUCUCACGAAUUCCUUCGUAUCCAUAAUUUUUUCCCAUUCAAUCACUUUGCGAACAUGGAUCAUUUAUUUUGGAAGGUUUCUCCGGAGUUAGAGGACCAUCAAUUUGCAUGAAUAUUAUGGUACAUAUGGAAAUGAAGAAACAAUAAAGUUUUUAGUAAUUUGGACAUUGAUCCUAGAGAUACUUUUAAACUGGCAGAAACGAAGCUUUACUUUGGCCAGCAGCGCAGGUCUCACUUACACAAGGCAUUGAGCAAACUCGUUUACCAGUAGACGCAUGAGUACCAGAUAUCCCAGGUCGUUGGUGCUUUACGGAUGGAUCAUGAAAAAAAUCAGGAUGUAUAUAUUCGGGAUGAGAAGGGUGGUAUAGCACUUUGGAAGGUUUUGAUGUUUUGAUGGGAGCGAGGAAUACAAGAGCGAAUCAGUCGCCACUUCACUCGAAGAUAGAGGCACUUAUUUGGCAAUGGAGUGUAUAAGAAAUACAAGACAAUUUACUGUUACAAUUGCAACAGAUUGUUCUCAAUUAGUAAAGAUGGUUUUCGAACCAGAAGAAUGACCAGCCUUUGCAAGUUACCUAGAAGAUAUACAUGUCUUGAAGAGAAGUUUCAACAGCUCAGAGCUCAUCAUAUACCCCAGACACAAAAUUCAAGGGCAGACAGUCUAGCACACAGUGCAUGAAGGCAAUCGCCAUUUGUUGUCCAUAUGGAUGCCGAGUUACGAGUUUGUGUUGCAGAGUCUACAUGAUUCAUUGAUUUUGUUGUUAAAAAAACAGUGUACAUAAAAAUAUUUGUAUACCGAAUGUUUGUCCUGCGCAAGAUGCGGAUCUUAACCUAGUUCAUAAAGAUAUAUACGCGAAGAUCUUCCUAAAUACACAUUUAAGAAUAUAAUUUUAAAACAAGCUUAAGAACAUUUACAAAAGUUUUCUUAAAUUUUAUGAAGAUAUUAUACAUAUUUAUCAAUAUGUUCUUAAAUUUAAGAAAGAGAAGACCCUAGAUCUGAAUCGCGAUGGCGCAAAACCCUGAAGCACCAAUAAAGGAAAUAAGGGGGGAAGAGAAGAGAGGGAGAUGGCGGGCUACCGAUGACGGAGGAGAAGAAGAAGCCGCCGGCCACCCAAAUUGGAUUUGAAAACUAGAGUUUACUCUUCAGGGGUUUUUAGAGAGCACUCAAACUGUUUUAGUGGUCCCAAAUCCAGGAAAAUUUUCCCGUCUGACAUGGACCUACAGGUUAAUGUAUACUCCACUUCCGCUACUUGUAAUGGGGAACCCUUCGGUCUGGACCUACUGGUUGGUAUACGCCGUUUGACCUUAUUCGUAUGAGGGAUGAUUUAUUUGGAGAGGUAUAGUACCACCACAUUAAUAGAGAAUUGAACUUAUGACCUCUGGUAGUCGUCUGCGAGAAGCGUGACCAUUGGGAUACAAGCACUUCUCAAAACUGUUUUAAGGUUAACUUUCUAAAGUUACUAGCCCCACCGCUUGUGCUGCCUUAAAUCCAAGAAAUCUCUCCACUCCGACCUGGACACUCGGGUUAAUGUGUACUUCGUUUUCCCCUACUCGUAUGGAGAAAAUCCUUCGGCCUAGAUCUACUGGUUGGUAUACACCGCUUACGCUACUUCUAUGAGGAAAUAAUUAUUUGGAGAGGCAUAUUACCAGCUCGCUCGACAAAGAAUCGAAAUUGCGACAUCUAGCAGUCGUCUGUGAAAAGCAUGAUCGCUGGGAUAUAAUCACUUCUCUAAACUGUUUUAGAGUUAACUUCUAUUAUAGUGCCUAGUCCCACCGCGGGCCCCAAUUCAAGGAAUCCCUCCCCUCCUGUUGAAUCCCUUAUGAUGAGAUCCUUUGUCCCUGAUGCUUUUGAAGGAAGAUCUAUGGUUUGAGAGUGAUAUAGAUUGAUUUUGAUGGAGAUCUUCAUAAAUGAUCUAUGGAUUGAUCAGAUAUUGUGUAAAUAUGUUUAAGAUCAAGAGAAUGAACUCUGUUGUGAUCAAAGACAAGUUUUGUGUGACAGGACACGUCACUAACGGUUUUACGGAUUUUACGUUUAAUCUUUAUUAAGUUAGUUUAUGAUUUCUAUUCCUCUUAGGAUAAGGAUUAGCUUAUUUAGCCUUAUCAAUGUUUUCGGCUUUGCUAUAUAAGUGCUCUUACGAUUUGUAAAGACACAACACAAUAUCAAUAAACUAUUUUCUCAGCUUUACUUAUCUCUCAAGUUACCUAGCAAGAGCUUACGCAAUAGCUACGCUUACGAACGCAUAACUUCUAAGAGGAUCUUUCUUCAUAACCGAUCAUCUUCUAAGUUUGUGUAUCCCCAUUCUUCGAAUCCGCAAGUAGGGGUUUCUAGUUCGGGAAUAUAUCCAUCCUAAUACCGUCUCAGUGGUAUCAGAGCAAACAAUCCUCAGGACUAAGCUAUGGACACUCGGCAAACCACAGCUUUGAGCGACAUGAACAAACAAAUUGAAGAACUCCGUGCUUCACAAACUCAAUAAAGUGAAGAGAUUCGUAAGGAUCUAGGUGGAGAAAUCUCAGCACUUAAAGAUAUAAUAGAGAAAUACUUUGCUAACUCUCCACCCUUCAACCAACGUGAAGGAAAGCAAGCAGAAUCAUCCUCUGAUCUUACAGCCGCAGAUACGAACCGGCGACCCGUCCCACCCGAUCGCUUUCCCCCAGACCAAAGUGCAUCAAAAACAGAUCACCAUACAUUCGACCAUACACAGAACCAAAACCAGAGCCGUCCUAAUAGCUUAUCAUCACGACUUACGAAGAUAGGAUUCCCUAUGUUUGAUGGUUCGGAAAUCCGAGAAUGGAUUUAUCGUUGCGAGCAAUUCUUUUCAAUUGACAGUACCCCACCAGAACUAAAAGUUCGUUUCGCCUCUCUUCACAUGACCGGCAAGGCUUUACAAUGGCACCACGCUUAUAUCGCCAACCGCUACAACGUGUUCCCUCUAUGGCCAGAAUACGUUGCUGCAGCAUCUGAACGCUUCAGUGAGCUCUUUGACGAUCCACUAUCCGAGCUAGUCAGCCUGAAACAAGGGAGCGACUCCAUUGAUGUGUAUCUUGAAAAGUUUGAUUCAGCUAUGAUAAGAAUUACUCUUGCUCCGGAGCAUGCUCUGAGUAUCUUCUUGACAAACAUGAACCAGCACUUAGCUCUUCAUGUUCGACAAUUUAACGUCACAACCGUACCAGCAGCAGCAAAGAUAGCAAAACUCCAUGAGUUAUCUUUGGCGCACACACCAGCUAAAACAUCGCGCCCAGCUUUCAACUCCUCUCAGCGAUCUAGCUUCACACAAAACAAGAACCAGUACAGCAGCACAACACCAACUACACCCAACACCACUAGCAAUCAAAACAAACCAAUACUCGCUACCCCACCACAUAAGCGAAUCUCUUUCGACGAGAUGCAAGAACGGAAACGAAAGGGUCUGUGUAUGUAUUGCGACGAACAAUUCACACCUGGUCAUCAACUCAAGCAUCGACGCUCUGAGUUUUUAUUGUUGGAAGCUGAUCCAACAGAGUUUGACAAGGAAAUCGCUCUUGAAGAACAAAUUCGAGAAACAACUAUCGAAGAUGAAGACGAUAAAGUCCCCACUAUUUCCAUCCAUGCCUUAAAUGGUUGCCCAACAUUUAACUGUAUGAGACUUCUAGGCCAGUAUGGAAAGCGGAAAAUACACAUUCUAAUCGAUCCCGGCAGCACACACAACUUCCUCGAUCUACAAAUUGCCAAGGGUUUGGGAUGUCCCUUGACACCAAUCAAACCAAUGUCUGUUGUUGCAGCUAGUGGAGACUUGAUUACUAACUACAAAUGCAGCUCUUUUCUGUGGAAAAUGCAGGGCUACGAGUUUAAAACAGAAACAAGAACACUACCACUGGGAUGUAGUGACUUGGUACUAGGUGUUCAAUGGCUCUCUACCUUGAGACCUAUCCUUUGGGAUUUUCUAAACCUGCGAAUGGAAUUCAACUUCAAGGGUUUGAAACAUGUUCUCCGAGGGACAACACCGAACUCCUCUAAGGUUGUCACGGGAAGCAACCUAAACAAGCUGAUCUUACAAGAACCUCAACUCGCCCUACUCCACUUAAGAGAAGUCGACAACACCAUACUCCCCCAACAGCCACUUACUCCAGAAGAUAUCUUCUAUCAUAUCGAAGCCAGCGACCCAAAACUCGAUAUGAACGGAGCACUUACUCAACUACUCGGAUCCUACACGGACAUCUUCGAAGAACCAUCAUCUCUCCCUCCAUUCCGAGAAGGUUUCAAUCACAAGAUCCCGCUCGAGUCAGGAGCUAAUCCUGUCAACUUACGACCAUACCGAUACUCAUCUAUGCAGAAGGACGCAAUUGACAAGAUGGUUCGUGAGAUGACCGAUCAAGGAAUUAUCCAAUACAGCUCCAGCCCCUACGCAUCUCCGGUGGUUCAUGUGAAAAAGAAAGAUGGUUCAUGGAGACUUUGUGUCGAUUACAGAGGUCUAAACAAACAGACGAUCAAGGAUAAAUAUUCUAUACCUCUCUUAGAAGACCUCUUAGACGAGCUGGGUGGCGCCAAAUUCUUCUCAAAACUGGACUUACGCGCCGGCUUCCAUCAAUUGCGGAUGUCACCAGAAGAUGUGUAUAAAACAGCAUUCAAAACCCAUUCUGGCCACUAUGAAUACCUCGUCAUGCCUUUCGGUCUUACCAACGCCCCAUGCACCUUUCAAGGCCUGAUGAACCAUGUCUUUGAACCGGUACUUAGAAAAUUCUUACUUUUCUUCUUUGACGAUAUUUUGAUAUACAGCGACACAUGGGAGGACCAUCUCGCGCAUCUGGACAUGGUUUUUGCGAUAUUACGCCAUCACCAACUAUACCUUAAACAGUCCAAAUGCACCUUUGGCGCUACAAAGAUCGAAUACCUCGGUCACUUCAUCUCAUCUGCCGGCGUAAGCACCGAUCCAAAGAAAAUAAAAGCAGUAGAAAGCUGGCCGUUCCUAAGAAUCAAAAACAGAUACGAAGUUUUUUGGGUCUUGCAAAUUACUACAGACGCUUUAUACAAAGCUAUAGUAUUAUCGCACGACCCCUUACCGUUCUACUACGCAAAGACGGUUUCUCAUGGAGUCCAGAAGCAGACACCGCCUUCCAAGCCUUGAAAACAGCCCUCAUGACAGCCCCGGUUCUCGCCUUACCCGAUUUCUCCAAGCCUUUUG